UGUGGUUUUGGGGGGAAAAUGACAGAAAUGGUAGAAUUUUGUAUCUUUUCAGCUCGUUUCUCUAUUUUGGUAAAUGGCUAUACGGUGGGUUUCUUCAACUCCUUUCAUGGCUUGAGACAGGGAGAUAUGCUUUCUCCUCUUCUUUUCCUUUUUGUCAUGGAAGCUCUCAGCAAGAUGAUUGAGGGUCUGGUGGAUGGUGGGUUACUCCAUGGUUUCUCGAUGUGGAAUGGCAAUCUCCACAUUUCUCACUUGUUAUUUGCUGAUGACACACUUAUAUUUUGUGGUGCACACCUUGGACAACUCCAAGACUUGAGGGUGCUACUCUUUUGCUUUGUUGUUAUGUCAGGUUUGAGCAUCAACCUUGCAAAGUCGGAAAUAGUGCCAGUGGGGGCUGCCCCUGAUGUGGAGAUUUUAGCUACUACCCUGGGAUUCGAAAGGGUGGAAUGCAGAUUGGCUGCUUGGAAGAGGCUAUACUUGUCGAAAGGUGGUAGGUUAAUUUUUAUUAAAAGCACUCUUUCUAACUUACCCACCUAUUUUUUGUCUUUAUUCCCGCUUCCCAUAAAGGUGGCUAAUCGCACUGAGAAGCUACAAAGGGAUUUCUUAUGGAGUGGAUUGGGGGAAGAGUUUAAAUUCCACCUGGUUAACUGGUCAACAAUUUGUAUCUCAAUUUCUUGGGGAGGGUUGGGGAUUCACCACUUGAUGAAAUUCAAUCAAACUCUUUUGGGUAAGUGGUUGUGGAGGUACCAAAAUGAAAGGGAAUCUUUAUGGAAGUCCGUUAUAGAUUCUCAAUUUAGGAAAAUUUGGGGAGGAUGGUGCUCGAAUGAGGUACGAGGCACUCAUGGAGUGGGUUUGUGGAAAAACAUUAGGAGCCUUUGGGGGACCUUCUGGGGUCAUGAACAUUUUGUUGUAGGCGAUGGAUUGCGUGUCUGUUUUUGGCUUGAUAUAUGGUGUGGUAACCAUUGUCUACGAGAUACCUUCCCUACCAUAUUUGUGCUUGCUAGAGUAAAGGAGGCAUCAAUUGCCGACCUUUUGGUCUUUUCAAAUGGCACCCCUUAAUGGAAU